AUGCUGGUGCGCACGGGCAGCGAUCCUCCGGAAUGCGUACGCGCAACGAUGACGGUCGGCAACGAAGUGAAACUGGUGAUUUUCGACAAAGAUGGUACCCUGGUCGAUUUUCACCGUAUGUGGCUGCCAUGGGCCGCGAAUACGGUACAACUGCUAGAAAGAGGCCAAUUGGGUGCACACGCCCCUGUCGACGCACCGCCGUCUACAAGACUGCUUGGGGUGGGAUCUAUUCAGGCA